CGGUCUGCAGCAAUCAUGGUGAAUUUGAUUCAGGCUGUGCAUGACCACUGGGUUCAUAUCCUGGUACCAAUGGGAUUUGUUGUUGGCUAUUAUCUAGACAGGAGGAAUGAUGAAAAACUAACUGCUUUUUGGAAUAAGAGCAUGUUAUUUAAAAGGGAACUGAAACCUAAUGAAGAAGUUACCUGGAAAUAA